AUGAAACCUAAAAUGGUAAUAAUAACUGUAAGCCUAUUCUAUUUAAUUGGUGUGGAACCACUAACAGAAAAUUCCUCGCAAGCGAAGAUCGUUCGGCAAAUAUUCGACAUUCUAUCAGACGCCAGCAAGUACAUUUACGGUUACGAAACUGAAAAUCAAAUAUUUGUAGAAGAGCAAGGUUACAAGAACAAUGACAAUUUUAUCAAGGAAGGUCAGUACCAGUACACCUCUCCAGACGGAGAAAUUAUAAGGACUGUGUACACAGCAGACGAAGACGGGUUCCAUCCGCAAGGCUCCCAUCUACCGACUGCUCCACCAUUACCGCCUGCUUCAUUUUCAUUUUCGUCGUUAAGUAAUAAAUUAAACAAAUGA